UCAAACUGUAGCCCAACGGACCUUUUCGAAACUUCGCUCUCUGAAAAAACUUUAUGAGGCAGCUGAUCUCCUUCAUCGUCACUUUAGUACAAUAUUAGGGGUAAACGGUUUUCUGACAUUUAUCACAAUGCUUACUUCUUCUUACUACGUCAUCGAGUUCUCUCAACGUGGUUUCGUGGCCAUUGUUUGCUGGGAGGCCAGUCACGUUCUUGACUCCUUCGUGCGUUUCUGGCUCAUCUGUCAUACGAGUGAUCGGAUUAGGGAAAGUACUGCAGAAUGUAUUAGCGUUCUUCGCAGUUUACGGGACACUAGAAACGGCGAGAAGAAAUUAAGCGAGUGUAAUAAGAUUACUUCUUAUAUCAUCGAAAUAUCACAGAUGAGCAAAAAUCAAGAAAGGCAUAGCCUUAAAGGAGUUUUGUCUUUGUCCAAACGUCUUAUUAUUCCAACUUUGGAAAUUAUUUUCACGUAUCUUCUUAUCAUCUACCAGUUCAAAAGUGCUGGCAAGUGAACUCCCUGAAACGUACCUGUGUGCAACUGAA